AUGCUGGAGGUCAAAGCUGAUGAGUGGUGGCUAGAGACUAGUCAGAGGUUGGAAGCUACAGGUGAGGUUAUCACCUGGGCUGUUUUCAGUAGGGAUUUUAUCAGGAAGUACUACCCUGAGUAUGUCCGUGGGAAGAAGGAGAUUGAAUUUCUCGAGCUGAAGCAAGGAAAUUUGCCAGUUAUAGAUUAUGCUGCAAAGUUCGUGGAAUUGGAAAAGUUCUAUCCUCACUAUAACGGGGCAACCGCUGAGUUUUUGAAGUGCAUCAAAUUUGAGAACGGGUUGCGUCCAAAUAUCCAGAAGGCAAUUGGAUACCAAAAGAUUCGCAACUUUCCGGAUUUGAUAGAUAACUGUAGAAUUUAUGAACAGGACAAUAAUGCUCAUUAUAUGAUCCUUAAUGAGAAGCGAGGUAAGCACCAACAAAACCGUGGGAAGCCGUAUGAUGCUCCAGCUGGUAAGGGUAAACAAAAACUUGCUGAUGAGGUAAAAAGGUUUUUCUGUUGUGGUAAAAUCGGGCACACAAUAGCGGGUUGCAAGCAUAAGGAGGCAAUUUUCUUCAACUGCGGUGAAGAAGGACAUAUUUGUAGUCAAUUUCAGAAACUGAAGAAGACACAAUCUGGUGGUAAAGUGUUUGCUUUGGCAGGAACUCAGACAACUAAUGAAGACAAAUUGAUCAGAGGCACAUGUUUCAUUAAUAGUACUCAUUUAAUUACUAUUAUUGAUAUUGGUUCUAGUCAUUGUUUUAUUAUUGUUGAUUGUGUGGAUAAGUAG